UCAUUUGUUUUAUUAUCUGCUGCAGCAAAGCGAGGUUGGAAUUCCAAGCAGCCUGCUUAUUCAUGUAAGAGCAUCCGGGACUCUGGUGACUUUAAAGGAGACGGGAGGUACUGGAUCGACCCUGAGAACAGUGGAAACCCGUUGAACGUUUACUGUGACAUGACAACUGACGGAGGUGAGAUCUGUUCCAAAAAAAUCUGAAAUCGUGAGCAAUUAUAGCUCAUUCAAACUACUUUUUCGUUUCUGGUUGAACUAUAUUCCCCGGCUUAUUCUUUAUAAACAGCUACCAUUAUCAAAUUUAAAGACAUUUAACGUCAAUUGUACAGAUAUCGUUUGAGAGAGGGACAGCAGAAGGUGCAGUAGCUCUUUUUUUUUUUUUUAGCAAUUCCCUUAUUUGGCCAAGACUGAAUAGGGUAUGGUUUUCAGGGUAAUACAAGUUUACUAAUUUAAGUCUUGAACAGGGUAUCCUCAUGCCGAGGUACCAACAAUAUAUUUUCAAAAAAAACUCCAAUUUCAUGAUGUUAAUAUAAAAAGCACCUCUAAAUUCCUUGUGUAAAAUGAAGUGAAUCAGAGUUGUGAAAUUAGGUCUCCUGUCUUUAACAGGGUGGCAAAAUAAACAAUUUUUUGUUUUAAACAGGGUUAGGGUUUGAAGGGUUCGGCGACUACUCCCCCCCCCCCCCCCCCCCCCCUCCCGGAGGAUUUCAUACGUUAUGCGUGGGAGGCAGCCGUUGAACUACUGUCUAAACAUAUCACUGUGGUAAUCAAUGACAACGGCGUACUAAAAUAUACAUUCCGAUGAAGCCUUUCGAACUAUUUUGCUUCAAAGACCUUCAAUAAACUUUGCGGCGUUAUUAUUUUUUCUUCUUCGCGCAUGACUUUAUUAUGGUGCCGCCUCGCAGCCUCGUGUCUGCUCGUUGGCAAUUAUUUGGAAUAGCUGAAGAAACAAGUUGGGGUGCGUUUCUUUACCAAAUAUACCAAAAAUGGAUUAUUGAUACAAAUGAUCUACAAUGGGGGUGGAUUCUUUGUAUCAUAUCCAAAACCGGAUACUUUGGAUGCAUGAUCCGAAGCGUUUCUUUACUACGGAUCCGAAAGAGUGAAUACAGUCGACGGUAACUCGAAACAAUUUUAAUACAUACAGCAGCUGUUUUGCAACUUAACGUUGCUCAUCUCAACGGCCAUUUUUAAACUCGAGGCAUGAAUUGAACGAUUCGUUUUAUCCCGCGCAAUUUUUAUAGGGAUAGUAAAAUCGCAAUACAAACGGGACUUGCAUUGGUCUAGUUCCAAACGGCAAGUCGAGACACUUCGCCGGAGCGAGUUGCAACAUUUUACAAUAAAAUUUUUACGAUGUCGGGACUGUUCAGCCAGAUCAAUCUGCUCUAGCCUGCUUAGUAGCAGGCGUCGAAAGGGGUAGGAGAUAGAGAGGAAGGGAAAAAGGAAGGGGGAUUGGGGAGAGAGGGUAGGGAACGCCUGCUAUAAGAACCCCCUUUUGUUCAUUGCUGCGGACGCUGGCGUCAGCAAAUUCCUGUUUGGCUGAGCCGUGAUGAAUAACUUAUUGGCGUGUAUCCUGGCGUGUAUUAGUGAGAGACAAACAUGAUGAAGCCAUCAAGGAAAUGUGUUCUACUGGCAUAAGCUUUGGAAGAUCAAAAUUACUCCAAUCAUGUAGCAACUUGAAGUUAAAACCCGAACUGGAACCAACUGUAAUAGCUUUGAAAAUAAUCCUGAAAGCCAUCACGUAAGGCCAGAAUCGCUUGAGACUUUUCAACCCCCUUACGUAUCAAGCAAGGUGAAGUAGAGUAAGCUACUUUUUGAACACGAUGACAUCCGAAAUCGGAUUUGCGAUGAGUUUCACAAGCGGUGUAUUUCUCAACCAAAAACCCAUUAAACAAACCAUCCACGAAUAACAGAAGAAUCUUAAUAGCGAGCUGCAUUUAAUUAAUUUUGUGGAAAAAGACAGUUAAAAGCAUCAUACGAUGACAAAAAAGUCCGUCAGCUUCAGCUAUCUGCGUAAACAUAGUUUCCAAAUGCUGCAAAAUAUUUCCACAUGAAUUCACCUGUCAAAUUUUGACCAAUCGGACAAAAAUUGGGAAUAGAGCAUGGCCAACGCAUGACUAUGGUGAGAAAUGCUAAAAGGAUCUGCCUUCCCUGCGUGUUAAAAACUGCCUAAAUUUUCGCGUCCGAAGUCAGUUUGAAAUCAAAAUCUUAAUUGUUCAGCUCAUAAACACAACUUGUUUCCUGUGCAUUGAAACAAAAUUGAGUUUGAGUCUGCGAAUAUUUGAAAACUAGUAACUUCGCAGUAGAUAACUUCCCAAAAACGUACACUCGAUGGGUCAAGAAAUAAGCCCGCGAUACGGUCAAGUGAUACUGGGCAGCGGAUACCCUGUUUUGACAACUGUCAACUGACCACGACAUGGAUGUGCUGAAUCAGGUUGCAGGCUCCCAAACUAGCUAGAAAGUGUGAGAUUGGUUUCCUGGUUAUGCAGACGGAGGGACGGUCACGUGACUACCAAAUUUUCUCGGGUAGAUAGAAGCACGCACGUCGAGCUUCGCUAUUAAAACAGCCAUUCUUAUCGAUUUUACAGAAUGUAGGACUUUAAUAAAAUGCCUCUUUAUCUUCACAUUUUUUUUCUUUCAGGAGGCUGGCUCCUUGUUUCCAACAUCACGAUGGAAAGUUCAACUCCACCCUCUCAGCUGCCAGUCAAGACUUCAUACCGUGGAAUAACCAGUGAUCAGAUGGUUCUUACAAAAACCGCCAUGAAUGAGCUGAGAACACACUUGUCUUUCACCCAGCUGAGAUUCCACUGCUUUAAAAAAUAUGCAUGUACGUUCCACGUUACCACUGCUGCCAACAGCAGCGGUGAAGCUGUAGUCCAAUACUUCAGCGGUCAGACAGAUGUCCAGCCCGCCUCGUGUGGCUCAUAUGUCAUCAGGGAAAAUGACAACUCAAGGCUGGCAAGAGUUUGUCAGAAUUGGGGAUCGGAAAAUGGCGUGCACACAGUUGGCAAAUGGGGUCAUGGUCGAAAGCAAGACAGGCUGUAUAUAUACCCUGCUUUUACAGUUGGCAAAUCUCAUUGGUACAUGAACCCACCUAAUUUUCUUUGCGAUGAUAACAUCCCAAAUCCAACAUCUUCUGGCGAUUUCUGGAAAGUCUAUGUUCGCUAA